UCUCGGGGUCCUUGACGUGGCAGUGGUAAACAAAGAUGGCGGAGUCGCUCGGAGCUCCGUAGCUUCAUUCAGUUUCUGUUUGUUUCUGUUUGUUUCUGUUUGUUUCUGUUUGUUUCUGUUUGUUUCUGUUUGUUUCUGUUUGUUCGUCAAACUUCGGGACUUUCCUCUGGGUCAGCGGUCGGAACACUUCACAUGCCUGCACUCUGCUCCGGCCUGGGUCUCGUGUGAAGCCGAACAAUGAGCGGCUGGGCCGGUUUCUCUGACGAGGAGCUCCGGAAGCUGCAGCACAGAGACUCCAUGCUGUCCGCGGCGGCAGCCCGCGGCCGGAAGCCGGCUCCAGCCACCCGGAGUCGGCAGCAGCUGCAGCGGGACAGGGCCCUCCAGCUGGCCGCUCAGAAGAACCCCGGAGCGGCUCCUGGACUCCCGCCGGACCAGCAGCUCACCAAACCUCCGCCGAAGGAAGAGCCUCGGCCCGCAGCACCCACCACAGCUGUCCGACAGGAGGGGCAGCAGAAAGCCAGAGAGGUGAAGCCGACUGAAAACCAGCAGCAGCAGCAGCCGGCUCCAGAGGAGGAGAGCCCGGCUGUGAAAGAGCUGGAGAAACAAGAGGUGGAACUUCGAGAAAAGACUCGUCUGGAGCAGCUGCAGCAGGAGCAGAAGACGAUCGAAGAGAGGAACAAACGCAAGAAAGCUCUGCUGACAAAAACCAUCGCUGAGAAGUCCAAACAGACUCAGGCUGAGGCCGUGAAGCUGAAGAGGAUCCAGAAGGAGCUCCAGGCGCUCGAUGACAUGGUGUCCAACGAUAUCGGCAUCCUGAGAGGAAAAAUAGAACAAGCCAGCUGGGAUUACUCCACCGCCAGAAAGCGUUACGAGAAGGCGGAGGUGGAGUACGUGUCAGCCAAGCUGGACCUGCACAAGAAGACGGAGGUGAAGGAGCAGCUGACGGAGCAUCUCUGCGCCAUCAUCCAGCAGAACGAGCUGCGUAAAGCCCACAAGCUGGAGGAGCUGAUGCAGCAGCUGCAGCUUCAGGCCACUGAGGAGGAGCUGGAGAGGCAGAAGAAGGAGGAGGAGGAGGAGGAGGAGAAGAGGAAGAGGAGCUGUGUGGAGACGCAGAGGAACACCACACAGGGAGACGGUUCUGUGGAGAAUCAGGAGGGGACGGUGCAAUCGACCAAAGACUGCAGAGCCGCAGAGGAAGACACUGUGAAGGAGGAGAAGGGAGGUGACGUCCAGCAAGAGCACCACCCGCUGACUGCUGCAGCAAACCCUGAAGACGACUGUAGACCUGUAGAAAACGGUGUUCAGGGUGGAGCUGUGGCCUCCUGAUGCUCCUCUGUAAGAUAUUACGUAGAUAUAAAACACUAACGCGAGUCCGUCUUCUAAAAACUCUUCAACCACUGAGUGUUUGUCCACGUCGUAGAGACGGGACGGGGUAACGGUCGAUUCUGGACGUGCAAACUCGGAACGGGUCGAGUUUUGGCUGCAGAAACAGUUUGCUCAUGGUUUGGGAAAGAUUGUGGUUUGGUUAUUAAAUAUUGAAAAAAGUUAGAGCGUCCUGUCCCGUGUCAGCUUUUCAAUAUUUAACCAAGAUGACAAUCUCGACCAGAAUCAGAACCAAAUGUGUGAGUCCCAAACAGAACCUUAAAAACAUUCAACCUAAACUAAAAUAACGGCACUCGUAUUGGAUCGAUUUCAGCAGCAUUUCUUUAUUAUCUGGGAGCUGUUUGCUGGUACAGAUUAUUAUAAACAGAUUUUCACUCCAUGAAUAUCGUGACAGAAAGAAUUCACGGUAACGAUUAUCCCAAUAUUCAACUUGAACGUUUGUCUGUCUGUAUGUAAACACACAGAGCAGAAAGAAGUGGUUUGAGUUAUCAUACAUGUUAUGAACAUGUCAUAUGCUCCCAGGCCACAUGAACAUCACUGCGACACCUCGAAUCUGUAGCACCGACUAUCAGAUCAAAUGUUAAAUUCUGUUUCUGAGCAGAAAGUUCCUGAUCUGAGUUUAAAUUUGGAGCUUUUUAUUCCGAGCCAGCUUGUGUACAGCUGCUCGUGUUCAGGCGUCUGACAGUCGAGACCUUUGGUUAAAUGAAAAGAAGACUUGAAUCAGAGAAACGUGUUGUUAUGAUAGUGUUGAAACUGGAGGAGGAUUCAGACUUCAGGACAGCAGACUGUACCUGACACGACUGUCGGGCUGCAGAGGGAAUCAGAAGCCGGUCUUGCAGCCAUUAUCUUCACGUCGGUGGCUUCUCAUGUCGAUCCAGCCGUGUGGUUUGACAUCACAUGUGGAUGAUCUCUGCAGAGGUUCAGCUCCUCGUUGUUGUUUCUCUGUGGCGGCGCUGAGCGAUGCGUUCUGUUGACUUCCUGGAAAGUCUGUUGCAGUUCUGGUGGUGCAGACGUGUGAGGCAUUAAUCCGGACCCGUCCUGUCUGAUGUGCUGUAGAUGAACAUGUUAGCUGGCGCUGGGCUCGUGUUUCACAAAAGCUGAUUCUGGUGCGAGUGCGGCGGAGCAGCAGCGGGCCUCCUGCAUGGUAAGAUGAUCUGUUAAUGUAUGGACGGACAGACGCUCAUGUUGAACUCUGUACAUGUGACCAAAGUCUGAGCGACUGUGAACCAUGACUUAUUUAAACGGGGUAAAUAUUUAAAGCGGUGACAGUCUGAUAUCUGACUCAAAUAAACUUGAAAUGAGA